GAUUAUAGCACUCCCAUCAACAUGAUCAAGGUGAUUCAAUGACCUCGUCUUCAAUAUCACAUCGCUCGUCCUCCAGGAUGAGAAGAGCCCCAAAUGCUGACCCUGAAGAUGCUUCGUUUCCCUCUGCCCAGUCAGCCCGCCCUGUUCUGGCUCAGUUGAAGCCCUCAUGGUUCAUACCGCGAUACCUAAAAAGCUUCAGGUGGAUAGUCAUCACCCUCACAUUCAUUCUUGCCUCUUGGAUAACAUAUACGGGACUUCUUUCUCAACCACUAAAUCAUAUUCUUCCCAGCCAUCAUGAUUUAUCAACUCUCACCGUCAAAGAUCUCAAAGCUCUCGCAGUCCCUCAACGAUCCUCCAAACCAAGCGCAUCCCGUCGCAUGCGUCUCUUCAUGCCCGCAGACUCACCGCACAUCAACCUCUGCAAGACCAUAAUGUCCGCCGUCGCGAUGGGUUAUCCAAUGCCCAUUCUCCUAAACUGGAAGCGUGAAUACAAUCGACCUGCAUGGCACUUUGCAGGCAGCCACAUCGCCAAGCUCGAAAGUCUCCUUGCCGCUAUCGAAACACUUCUUGAAUCGAAAAGCGACGAUGUAGGCCAUGACGAUGUAGCGGUGUUGGUCGAUGCCUAUGAUAUGUGGUUUCAACUUCCGCCUUCUGUUUUGCUAGAACGAUAUCAUCGCCUUAACAGUGAAGCUGAUGCAAGGAUACGCAAACAGUGGAAAGAUCUCGGCAUCGGCACUGACUUUCCUAUACCACCACCUCGCCAAGACAUAAUCGUCACUACAGCAAAAGAUUGUUUUCCAGACUCCUAUUCUGGGUCUGUUCCUCACUAUGAGCAUUGGCCUGAAUCGCCUAUGCCGAAAGACAUGUAUGGACAAGACACAGAUAAAGUCCCAUGGUCUUUCGAUCCAGCGCGCAAGUACAAAAAGGUCCGGCCACGAUGUGUGAACAGCGGUCUUAUCAUGGGCUCUAUGGGAACAUUGAGAGAUGUUCUAAAAAGAUCCAAAGAAAAAAUUGAUGCAGUGGCCAUGAAAGGUCGUCAACUUUGGAGUGACCAGGCGCUUAUUGGAGAGGUUAUCGGGGACCAGGAGAUUUGGCGCGAGUGGAUGAGACAUGUUGGAGCCUCGUGGAAUAGAUCUACUGCGUUCGAUGACAGAAGUUCGCUCGAUCGUGCAGUUCGUGAUAUCGCAGACGCGGCCCUCCUUGGAAAACGAUUCGAGUUCGGUAUCGGUCUAGACUACAACUUCACCACGGCACCACCAACAUGUUCGUCCGAAGAAGACGGAUACUUCGUCAAUCUCUCCAACGAGACCAACAUCCGCGAAGAAUCUCAAAAAGCCGGUGUUCCAGGGGAUAUCCGCAUUCACGGUAUACCAUCCGAACUACGCAACAUAAAAGACAAACUCCUCUCUUCCACAAACUGGGGUACUAUCCCCCUCUACACAGACUUCUUCUUCGGCACAACUCCAAUAGCAAUCCAUCACAACGCCUACAUAAACGGGCUUAAAGGCUUCAGACUCAAGAACUGGUGGCACAAGAUGUGGUACCAUCCUCACCUCCGCCAUCUCAUCACCCAGCGUCUCCAAUCAACCUCCUCACCCAUCACACUUGCAAACGUCGAUCUUGGAGGAAAUAAGAUCUCGUAUGAUUCGCCGCAAGAAGAUAAGCUGAGAAGCCCCCGCGUAUUCUCUCCAAUCGAACCAAACUUCACGCCUAUAGACUGGGACGCUGUGUGUCAGAAGCCAGGUCACGCUGCGAAGUGGUACGAUGAGCUAUUUGGCGACGACAAAGGACCCUUGGCUGUAUAUUCGGUGAAUUGGUCAUAGUCCUUGAUUUAAGAAGAAAAAGGAGAGAAAAACUCUCCCACAAUCAAUACAAAUACCGACUUCCUUCGGGCAUGUGUCUCACACACACACACACACACACACACACACACACACACAAAUCCCUAGAUCUCUUGGCGUCGUCUCAUGACACAUUUCAAAUCACGGCAAGCCUCGGACCCGAAGAGACGAAUACUACAGUACCAUGACCUUUUUUCUCGAUCCGAGCUAAGAUAGUAGUCGGUUAUAGCUCCCCCUAGUAAGACUGUUAGCUCCGGGAACCAUCUGGCUCCACGAUCUAAAACGCCAUAGCUCAGCCUGAAUAAACUCCCCCUUCAGAUAAAUCAGGGACCAGCGCCCGUACGGGGAACUUUAAAAAAAAAUAUUAGUGUAGCUUUGUUGGUAGUUCGAAAAGCCUCGUUAUCCCGCGAGUUUGUUAUCCUCGAUAGCUUCAAGCCUCUUAUCCCUUGGUCUGGGAUGACGGUCUUGGCGAGGCAGUUAUCCAUGGCCUCGGUGCAACGUUAGACGGGGAGAUGAGAGUGUUGGUGGAAGGGCUGAAACAGUCAGAUGUUACUUGGCUGACAAUAGCAGGGGAGUACUAAGUAAGAUUUUGUAGUGGUAAUGUUUCAAUUCAGAGUCGACGUGACUGCAUUAUCUCGAGUUCGUUGGUCCACAGGCCAAGUAAAAAAGUCCCAACCUGUCAAUCAGGGUAUACAACC